AACCUCUCUAUUCUCUCUUUCUCGCGGCCGCCUCUCUGUUUUCCAGAAGCUGUGCUGCUCGCAGUUCUCCACCGUUUUCCUCGCUUCACUUCACGCCUUCGCUCUCAGUUUACGAAGCCUCGCCCUCUCCUCCCUCGCCUGGCGGCCGCUGUAGCCCGGCCUGUUACUUCGGCUUAACAAGGACGCAAGGCCUUAUGAGCUACGGAUCCAAGCGCUGGAUUAAUAAAAUUUCGCUAUUGGCUUUGGAGAUCCCUCGAAGUGGUUGGACGGGACUAAAUUUAGGACGGUGAGGAGGAGGAGAUGUCUGAAGAUGAUAUUGGCAGGCUAUUUCGGAUACGAAGGACAGUGAUGCAGAUGCUGAGGGACCGUGGUUAUCUUGUUCUUGACCUUGAGAUUAACAUGAACAAGAACCAGUUCCUGGAGAAGUUUGGUGAAGGUGUGAAGCGGGAUGACCUGGUUAUCAAUAAGGCCAAGAAGAAUGAUCCUGCUGAUCAGAUUUAUGUUUUCUUUCCAAAUGAUGCAAAAGUAGGCGUUAAACAAAUAAAGCAAUAUGUUGAGCGGAUGAAAGCAGAGAAUGUCGUUAGAGGAAUAUUAGUUGUUCAGCAAGCUCUGACUCCAUUUGCAAAACAAUCGCUGACAGAAGUAGCUCAGAAGUAUUUGUUGGAGGUUUUUCAGGACGCUGAGCUUUUGGUCAACAUUAAGGAUCAUGUACUUGUUCCCGAACAUCAGGUGCUGACAAGUGAGGAAAAGAAAACAUUAUUGGAGCGUUAUACUCUAAAAGAAACUCAGCUACCUCGAAUUCAAGUUACUGAUCCAGUUGCCAGAUACUAUGGCCUGAAGCGUGGACAAGUGGUCAAGAUCAUCCGACCCAGUGAGACUGCAGGUAGAUAUGUGACAUAUCGGUAUGUCGUGUGAGUUAUGCCAUAGCUAGAAAUCCUCUGGUGAUGCUGCUUUUGGUAAACCCAAGCUAAAGACUUAUAAUAUGUAGCUAUUUAUGCACUCUAGCCUAAUGAUGUUUAAGAUCCUUGUCUGACUUAAAUAUCCUCGUUUCCCUCCUAUGUUAGUUACUGAAGUCAUAUACCUUCUUUGUUGGCAUAAGACCUAAAUGUAAUCUGUCCAUCAUAACCGUGUGAUCAGUGGGUUUUGUCCGGAAGUUGAGAAGCAACGAAUAAAGCCCUCAAUCCUGCCAUUAUAAGUAUAUAUGGUGGAUAUGGUGGUUUUGUUUUUCUGGUGCUUCAAACAUUAAUUAGUUUCCAGUAGUUUAUUUCAUGCAAGGUAA